AUGCCGAGAAACGACAGUUUCGGAGUGGUUCAAAGAAACGUCGCGGCCUUCAUGCCUGGUCAAAACAAUGACUACCUGCAUAGACAUACUCGAGCAUCAUAUCUCUACCUAGCCUCGUGGCAGCCUGUUAUGUCUAGAUCUUUCAAAUCAGGUAUUCCUCUGCCAAGGAAACCUGCACAUGUCCGCGGCUUCCGGAAUGGUGACCGCAUUCCUUCAGCGUCAAGCACGCCCUUGCCUGUUGGCACUAAUGAGACCACAUAUGCGAGAAUGCUUAGAGAAGAGGAAGAAAUGGACCUAGUCUUCAACAUUACUGUUAGUGCGGCCAACUGGGCUCUGCUUGCCGGUUACCUGGUAGUUCCUGGCACAUUUACCUCUCUUCAAAGCUCAGGUCAGGUGGAGCAUACUUUACAAGCCAACAAAGCCGGUCGGACGAUGUUACACACGAUCCAGCAUCCUCCAUUACUCUCUAUUGCCUGUUGUCUCCUCGUCGGUGGUAUUGCGGCUUUCGUAUGGCUUCUCCAUUUUCCGAAGCUCAGAGGCAAUUACGUAUGGUUGAUCAAUAAACUCUUCAUGCCGGUGUCGUUGAACGCUGUUGCUGGGAUAUUGACGACGAUUGUCAAUCCAUCCGUCUCUCAUCAUCACAAAGCGCAGCACCCAGAGAAACGCCUCCAUGAUCUGUUCUACCAAAGCGAAAUCCACAGCACUCGAAAGAGGGAUCCAGUUCCGGCGAGUGACCACGUGCGGGAGUCAAUCAUGUCUGGCGAUAUUGAAACCACCAAGAAUCCCUCAUUCCGCACCACGCUUACCCAACCUGCAGUCCAGUCUCGUAUCAAAAUGUUUCCAUGCAACAAUGAGAUGAUCGGGAAAGCUUCCAUUGCAUGUCCUGGAGAGGAGAUUGCCCCGGCUGCACAAUCCGACGCAACUGGAGAGCUAGCUUGGAAUACUGCAGCUUUACCGUUGUCAUUGAUCAUUCCCACAUUUCCCCUUCCGUCUCUAAGCGCACCUGUCGUCACUACUGCAUCUUUUGCCAGUGUAGCUGGUGCUUCAACACCCUUCGCGCCCAACAUGACAAUGGAGGGAUCCGCCAGUAGGGCGGUUCCCGAUGCCGCGCGAUUUUGGGCGUUCGCUGUGGUGUUUCUUCUCAUGAAAAACAUCCUCCUCCGCAGUCGGUGA